AUGAAGCACACGGUAUCAAAGUUUUCUCUCAUUCCGUGUUCCUCUUCUCGUAGAGUGUUGGUGGUUAAUCGGUGGCGGGGUUUCUUGAUCAUUCAAGAACCUUCGUUCUUGGAAUGUUUAAGCUCUCCUUCGAGGUUCUUCGCCGAAGUCCACCUCGUGAAGAAGAUUCUCUCUUACAUCUUUCCAAAACCGGUAAACGAGAUUGAAAGGAGUGUCCUUACGAAAUUGGAAACCGUGGAAUCGUUUUCAGAAGAUUCGAAUUUGGCAGAACGAGGUGGAGGCCGUUUGCAACAAGUGGAGCAUGAAGACGCUUGGUAUGUUGUGCUUUUGGGCAUUUCUUUGUUACACUUAUGUUUGAUGAUUCUAUCUUUUCCUUGUGUUGAUAUUGAUGGCUCACAAGGGGAUUUCAUCUCUUCCUUCACAAAUAUCAUAUUACAUGUUGCCAAGGCAGAGAGUUACCUUUUAUGUUUAUUUUUUAUAAAUUAUCUAUACUAAUCAUUUGAACAAUUGGGUUCAAUGGUAGAUUGCAAGUUUUGGUCACAAAUUAGUCAUAGAAAGCUUAAAGCCCAAUACAGAGCGUGAAAGGUUUACGAUUAAGUAGAAAGUUGAUCAUAUAAUCUUUACACUUAAUAAUACCUUAACUACAAAUUUGGAUCUACGGCAUAUACGGGCAAUCAAUAGUGGAUUACUAACUUUGAAAGGUUUUUCCAAUAUAUGUUUUAUCGGGAAGGUUCAACUCUAAAAAACAGAAGGAAAGUUAAAAAUGCUACAUGGGUAGCAAUCUUGAUAUGACAUAUAGAAAAGAUUUUCAACAGGUUUUGUAUUUUUAUCGUAUUGGUCCUUCAAAUUGUUAUAUUAUGCACUCUUUAUUAUUCAUAAUGUAAAUGUUGCAUAAUCCCUAUAUGAGAUGUAAUCUAUUUUCAUGAUAUGAAUUUUUUUGAUGCCUCAGCGACUUUAAAUGAAAUUGUAUUAUGAACUCUUUAUUAUUCAUAAUGUAAAAGUUGGAUGUUGCCUAGUCCCUAUAUGAGAUGAAAUCUAUUUUCAUAAUAUGAAA